CUAUUACCAAUAUGGCUGUAUGUAUACUAAUGGGAAACAUUGUAAAAUUAAAAUUAAAAAAUUACAAACAUUCUCCGGGGUGUCGAAUUUACCACGUCAUUGAUAAGUAUAAAAAAUUAUAAUGGGCGAUAGAUGCAAAAAUGAAAUAAAAGUGGAUAUAAGAAACGAAACGAUUGAGAACACUUUAAAUGAUUUAAGAUUACAAAUAGCAAUAUUGAAACACCAGAAUUUAAAUAUAAAAUUGAAAUUGGAAGAAGAUAUUAAUAAAGGUUGUGCAAUGACAAAAUUGUUACAAAGAAGGAAGCCUUUUAGACAAACAAAAACUGGUGAAGUGAUAUUUCCCGGAAAAAAGGAAAUGGAUUUCAAACUAGAUGUAAUGACGAGAGAAAUUUUGAAGUUAAGAACGGUAUUAAAUGGCUUGAAAAAUAACCGCAAUCAGCUAAAUUUAGCUGGAAACAAUACCAAGUCUAAUUGUUCUGAGUCAAAUAAUGAAGAUAACAUAAACAAAAAGUUGAGCGAAGAACUAUGCGAACAAUAUAACACAAUGAAAGAUACAUUUGAUAAAGUUGUAUUAGAAAUCUCAAAAUACCGGGUACUAUCAGACAUUAAAACAGAAGAAAUGCAAAACAAUAAUGCAAAAUUAAUGAAGACGCAAGAAGAAUUUUACAAUGCAGUCACAAAAUUAAAACAGAUAGAAUCGAAUCCUUAUGAUGAUAUGGAGAUUGUACGAAAAGAAUUUAAAGAAGCCAAAGACCGUUUGGAUAGUUUGAAAUUGGAGGCCGAACAUCAAAUUGACAUAUUAAACGCUACAAAUGAAUCGUACAUGAAGGGUCUUCAAGAAAAAGAGUAUCAAAUAGUCCGAUCUAAAAACCUGUACAAAGAAAAGGCGAAGCUCAAGGCGGAAUUUGAAUCUGAAUUCAAUCGUCAUAAAGAAUAUUUCAAAAAACGGGUAAGCCAAGUAGAAUUUUUGCCAGCUGCGUUACAUGCAGUUCAAAAAAAAAUGAUCUUUGAAAAAGAAUUAAGAACUUCGAUGGAACAAAAUGUUGAAAUUCUCAGUAAAAAGCUAAAGACAAUUCUGGGAAAUGAUGCUUGUAAUGACUCUCUUGACAAGAAUCAAUUAUUGAAGUCUAAAACCCAACAUCUGAAAAUCAAACAAAAAAAAUUGGAAAAGAUCUUAGCAGAAAAACUACGUUGCUGUGAUGAAAUAAAAACAUAUAAGUAUCAACAAAAAUCUGUGUUAGGCAACAUAAAAUCCGAAACAAAAUUGAAAAUAAAUGAAUUACGUCGUAUUUUAAAAGCACCAGCUGAGGAAUACUUAAAUACCAUCAAUAAACUUCAAAAUCAAAUAUCUAAAAUCGAGGCAUAUUCUUGUUUUGAAAACGACCAACUAAAACAUAUGUCUUCGAUCAUGCAAAAACCAAUCGACGCAUUAGCCAGUAUUUUAAAAGAAGCAAGAGAACAGAUCAUCGCAAUAGGAAAUUUACAGAAUGUAUUAACAAACUGCCCAAAAAUAUGUUCAUAACACUGCGGAUUAUUAUUAAGCACGGUUAGUGCCUAAAAACAAAGACAGCUUAGGUAACGUUUUAUUUUAAUAUGUUAAUUACGGUCAAUAUCAAUCAUUAUGCAUAUCUUUUUUACAUAAUUUUAUUUCCGUAAAUAAAUUAGAAGUAUCUACAAUACAAUAUAAGAGAGUCGGCUCCUAGUGUUUUAUUUUCGUAAGCUGAGAGUAUCAUUUCUGUGUUAUUAAACGUUAUGCAUAAAAUAUGAAAUAGGUGUUGAUUGCAUUUAUAAUCAUACAAUUUAAAAAAGUUAUUAAGACCUACCAAAUGGAUUAAUAUAAUUUUCAAAUCAUCAAAGCAAAUUUGUAUGCUCCUCAUUGACUUUAAAGUAUUUAAGAUAGGUACUAGAUAUACUCGGUGCCUACCUAUAAAAUAAGUAUUUACAAAUCAUGUCGUUUUGCAUUUGUCGUGGUGUGUAGAGUGUAGCAAUAGGUUUGUUAAUAGCCAUAACUAGUGAUGUAAAAAUUCAAAAAAUUAAUAAUCAAGAAAUUUAAAAAUUAAAUUUUACAAUAGAGAUCUCACUUUUUCUACCUAAAGCGUGUAUAAAUUAGAAAUAUUCAUUUAAUUUUUGACUUUAUUUCAUAACAUACCGUUCAAAUGUUAUUAAUUUAAAU